AUGCGGUUGCCUUCGGCAGGGGGACUUGUGAGCCUGAGGCUACCCUACAAAAUACAAUGCAGCCCCACUUCACUCCAAGCCAGGCUCAAAUCUGGUGAUCCUGUCGCUGGUCUCAUUGCUCGAAAUUGGGCUCGACAACGGACAAACCUCACCUGGUGCAGCCGUCGCAACCUGCACGACGGGGCAAGAGACCUAGCCCCGCCGACUCAAGUCAUACCAACUGAUGUGGGAGGUCUUCCGGAGCAGUUUCAGCAAUUCAAGAAUUACUUCAACGCCCCAGCCCAGUCUGCCGCUGGGGAUUUCCAGUUGAAACAGACCGUGACUGUCCAUGGCUUCAUAUCGAAGCGCAGAGACAUAUCAUCCAAGUUGAGCUUCGUCGACCUCAUCGUGGACCGCGGGCCAUCGUUCCAAUUCAAGUCCUCGUGGGAAGAGAAGGACUCGCCGGAGCAUCAGUUGCACAAAGCUCUCAAGCAAGUCUCAGCAUGGAGUCCGGUCAGCCUCACUGGUACUAUAGAGGAGAUCAAGAGUUCCGAAAAGAGUUUCAGCCCCGAAUUUCCAAAAAGUUUUGGCCACUACGACUUGACCCUACAACAUGUCCACGUACUCAGCCCCUUUCCCCGGGACAUCAUCAUAUCAGAAGGCGCUCAAUUCCCACCGCACGCUCGACACCUGCAACUAAGAUUCGACGAACCCCUCCAAAACAGGCUAUUGUUCCGCGAGUCCUUGACUAAAAUUGCCCAGGAUGUCCUCAACCAACGGUACUUCCAUCAUGUGGAGACACCGAUUCUCUUCAAGUCUACCCCGGAGGGUGCGAGAGAAUUCUUGGUCCCAACUAGACGGCCCGGUUAUGCCUAUGCGCUACCUCAAAGCCCACAACAGUACAAGCAGAUUCUCAUGGCGGCGGGUGUCAGGGGCUACUAUCAAUUUGCAAGGUGCUUCCGAGACGAGGAUCUUCGUGCUGACAGACAGCCUGAGUUCACACAGCUCGAUUUGGAGAUGUCAUUCGCGAAAGGCGAGGACGUAAUGAGAUUCAUAGAAAGUCUUGUCCAAGAAGUAUACGCUUCUAUCUCCAGAGUUUGGCAAGCGCGCCAGGUCAACGGAGCCAUAUAUCCGACUUUAAAGUCGGAUGCUAUGGCGGAUACCAAUGAGUACCCUCCUAUAGAAGCAGAAUUUCCACGUAUCACUUAUCAGGAGGCCAUGGCUCUCCACGGGUCGGACAAACCGGAUCUAAGAAUACCUAAUAAGAUACAACGGAUCGACCACAUUUUACCACGGAGCUUCAUCUCGAUGAUAUCAGAUCUAGAAGACCCCAUCGUCGAGGCUUGUGUGUUCCGGUUCGACGCCCCCUCCAAGGACUUCAUCAAAUCUAUUUGGGACACUCUCCCCAAACCCCUGAGCAAAAACUCAGACGGUCAACCUGUUCCCCUCAUCAUUGACUCUAGCAAGCCUCUUUCUGGCCUCUCGCCUUUAGGUCACGAGGCAGCCUCGGCCGUCCUAGACGCCAGCAACUCAGACCUCCCCAACAUCUCCGGCCUCGAGCAAGGAGACGUGCUCGUCAUCCAAGCCCGGCCCAACAAACCCUUCGAAGGCGGCUCCACUGCACUUGGCGACCUUCGAAGGCACAUCUACGCUGAGGCAGUCGCGCAAAACCUCCUCCCGCCCGACCAGUCCUUCAAGUUCCUUUGGGUGACAGGAUUCCCGCUCUUCACGCCCAAUACCGACUCGUCCGAUCCAGCAGAGGGUCAGCACGGCGCUAGUGGCUUCUCCUCCACUCACCACCCAUUCACGGCGCCCCUUACGCCCGAGGACUUCGACCUCCUGGCUACAGACCCCCUGAAGGUGAAGGCGGACCAUUACGACCUCGUCGUAAACGGGGUAGAGCUUGGAGGCGGCUCACGCCGUAUCCACAUAGCCGCGCUCCAGGAAUACGUCUUCCGCGAUGUCCUCAAGAUGAGCGACGAGGGCGUCAGCCACUUCAGCCACCUGCUGGAGGCGUUGAGGGCGGGUUGCCCACCGCAUGCCGGAUUUGCAUUCGGAUGGGACAGACUUGUGGCUACGCUGAGCUUUACAGGGAGCGUGAGGGAUGUGAUUGCCUUCCCCAAGAGCAAGAAAGGAGAUGAGCCUGUUGCGAGGGCGCCUGGGAAGGUCACGGAGGAAGAGUGGAAGACUUACCAUCUCAAAUUUGACCAGAAAGACUGA